AAUCUUGACGUUCACAAAGCAACCGUUCUCAUGUCUGAAGAAAAUUAUGAGAAAUCAUUGAACGAGAUGAGCAAAAGAAUAAAAGAGACGGAGGCGGAGAAUUUACGUAGCGGUCGUAAACGUCAGAGAGAUCUCUCUCAAUUUCGUAGGGCGCUUCAAGACUUAACAAGACAAGUGGAAGAAUUGGAUAGGUUAAAGACAGAAUAUUAUCGGCAAACUCUGGAGACAGAACAAAAUAAUCACAGCUUCAUUCUAUCCAAAGUGUCAACAGUGAUCAGAGCCGAGGUAGAUAUCUACGAACGGAUCUAUAAUAAAGGAGUUUCUGAUCCGAUUCUGGAAGGGAUGAUAAACCAAGGGACCGAUCCUUUUUGCCCCCAUCCAACUGCGGAUCAUCCUUCCGAAAUAUUUAGUGUUCUCCCGCCAGUUCCCAUUAUCAAUCCAAUACCCGAACCCAAUAGUGUAGCAACAUCGUCAACAAUUGACUUAUCCAAUGAAGACAUGUAUAGUACUAAUGGAGUGAAAAUUCGAUCGCCACUAUCGACAAUAACGGACGAUGUUGACGAGGAACGCGAGUUUAUCAUUAAACCCACCAUUAGUAGGAGGAAUACACGCGAUAAUUCACGUAAUAUUCAUCAAUAUCAUGAUGAAGAAUAUGAUCAAUUUACUAGCGAACAUUCGGAUCCUCUUAAGUUUCACCGACCUAAUAACGGAACGUUAUCCAGUCAACUUAGCUUACUGGUCGGUUCCGACACACCAUCAAUAGGUCGAGAUUUCCAUCCGUCAAUCAAUCCAGGCUUCCACAUUUCAGACGAUGCCGAGUUAUUGCAUGACAAGGAAUUUGCGUAUGGUGUGGAAGAUAGUGGAUUCGAGGGUAGUCUCGCUAGCAAUUCUACUGACUAUGGAAAAAUGAACGAAACGAAAGAGUCGGUUUUUUUGAAGGUUCGAGAAACAACUGUUAGUGAUCCUCCAUUGGAAAUAUAA